GUUAUGAUAAGUAAUCUGGGCACCCGGUUGUUCCAGUCGGUUUCAGACAAAGCAGGCGACCUUGGUGAAAAGUUUGAGGAAGAAUUCGCGCGGUUGUCUGGCAAUAUAACUGGUGAGCUUGCAAUUGAACCACUUGUUCAGGUAAUCCUGUUGAUGCCGACAGAAGAUGGAAAAUAUCGUAAAGCAUCGAACAUCUACUCCGAUCCACAGACAAGGAAUAUUCUUGAUCGAAUCCAACGUGAUUCCUUCGAAUUAUUCCACAAUGACUAUGAGGAGCCGGUGAUGAUUCGAAAGAAGCCGCCCAGACUGGGUGAAAUGAAGAACAUCUGA